CCCAAAAGCAAUCAGUUUUGGUUUCGAUUUUACUUCGAUUUUACGUCGAUCCAUUUCAUUUGAUUAUGUAAGAACUAGGAAUAGGACGAUAUCUUUGUUUUAAGAGUUAGCGUUGCCAGUGAAGACUUAGCAUUGCCAGCGAUUGAAGACUUAGUGUGGCCAGUGUAUGAAAAGACGACAUGGCAGCAAACAGCAGUUCUACUGAGGAAAGUACCUUUCAAUAUGCCUCGGGGUUCCUUGAGGACAGAUUUCUUGGGCAAGGCAAAUUUGAACCAACUGUCCUGUUUAGAGUUGACAGAAGCUCACAGUAUGUGCUGAAAUUUAUCUGUGGCAAGGAUAUUUGUGAGUCUGAAGACGUAGAUCAAGUUUCAGAAAACAUCAAAGACAAGAUUGGAAAUGUCCGCCAUCCAAAUGUGCUUGCCUACCUUGCAUAUAUGCUUCACGGAGAAAGGAAACAAAUGGGUAUCAAGAUGAAAUAUAUGAGUAAUGGUUCACUCUACAGUCUUAUGGAAAGAGGUGUUGACAUACCGUGGUCUGUCUCAGAGAGCAUUCUGCAUGACGUUUCGGCAGGGAUGGCUUACCUACACACUGAGAGGGAAGACAAGCCAGUGAUACUCCAUGAGAACUUGCACCUGAAUAAUGUUCUCCUGACAGAAGAUUUCCAAGCUAAGGUUUCUGACUAUGGUCUGAAGAUGGUCUAUGCCAUGACAAGAAAUUAUGCACAGAACCAACAAUCAUUUGAAGACUACAAAUUCAGAGCACCAGAAAGGAUGGAGGACAUUUCUGAACCUAACACCAAGGCUACAGAUGUCUAUUCGUUUGGGAUUAUUGUGUAUGCUCUGCUGAAGCGUUCUACAGAUCCUUUUGCACCUAUGAAGGAAGAAGAACUCAAGAAAACUCUGGUAAAAGGUCAAAGUGUCGUUGAUUCUGAAAGGCUCAGUGGUGGUCACCCUGCUGUCUUCGUAGAAGUUCUGGACAAGGCAACCGAGCAUUCCCCAGACCAAAGGGCGGACUUUGAAGGUCUGAAUUGUAUGCUGACCAUCAGUGACCAAGAUCGACUUCUUAAUGAUAUAGAUGAACUCAAGAGAGAUCUUCUUCAUCAUCCGAUCCAGCCACAGGUGCCUCAUCCGAGGGUACAAAGCGAUUACGUGCCCAACUCAUAUCAUGCCAGUUCUGGUUCUCCGGGUUUUGUUAGGUCACAGACCUGGCAAUCCCAAUCGUCGCAACAAGCGACGGAUGAUCUUGAUGAAGCGGAUUGUCAGACGCAAAAUGAAGAUGGAAAAAGUUACGGCUACGAUGGCACAACGUCACAAAAUAGUACUUCCUCUCGGAGAAGUAAGUUUGGAAGUUCGUCGUCCACCAGCGGCGAAUCAGUCCAUUAUCCGCCAAGAAAUGAACAAGUUGGUGUUGGCGAAGAUGAAGAACAGGAGACUUGUGUCAAGCGAGGCAGUCAGGCAUCAAGCCGUGUUGUGUUGCCCCCGAGUAAUGCCAAUGGCGAUGGAGGCUUGACAGAUGCGAUGAGGAGCCUGGGGAUACAACCCCAUCCAAGCAGCUUGAACCCGGGAAUACGAAAUGGAACUCCCAGCGCCCAGCAGAAUGGGGCCAUCCCAGCACAGAUUCUACAUGGAGUACAGAAUGGAACUGCUAGUAUCCCAAAUCUGCCGAACUUCCACGCGACAGGUGCUCCAAUGACGGGUCAGCAAUUUGUGUCCAACACGGUCCCAUCCUAUCAACAAAACAUACAAUCCUUCAUCAAUGGAAUUCCGGCCAUGACAAAUGGCAGUGGACCUCAAAUUGUGAAUGUAUCUGGCGAAUCCGUGGUGCUCUAUGGUGAGAAUAGCAAGAUAGAAAUUGUAGGGAAAAGAAAGGCAGGAAGGAAGCCCCUUCCACUCACAGACGCAGACCAAAGAACCCUAGACUCCACCAGACCUGUCACUCAGAGAGACAUUGACAUUGUAGCUGAGCAUCUUGGGAAAAAGUGGCGGGAACUCGGUAGGAAGCUUCGAUUUUCCAAGGGGCAACUUGAUGCAUUUGAUGCAGAUUACCACGGAAUGCGAGAGACGAUUUAUCAGAUGCUACUGCAGUGGAAGCAGAGAGAGUCUACGAGUGCAACAGUUGGACGACUGGCACGAGAACUUGAAAGUGUGAUGAAACGGAGCGUUGUCAAGAAGUUAAAGGCGUGAGAGUUCACCUGAGCUCCUGACAUUCGUGUGUGCCUAGCUUACACUCUCGCAAUGAGCCUUAAUCCUACACAAUACAUCCCAGAUUGAAUGGAAAUCUCAUGAAUAAAGAUGUUUGUACGUGUAAACAGCCAAAAUGUGUUGAAAAACUGAAAGACAUCUAGACAUUUUUCAAUAGAAUUCCUUGUCGAGGUCAUAAUAGAGAAAUUUAAACUGUGCGGCGGGAUGUAAAGAUUUAUUUGAGGUUUGUUUCGUGAAAUUUCAACAUAUUUUUUUCUUUUCUCAUGUUUGUAGCCCCUGAUUAACUUCGUUCUAAAAUCACAUCAGAAGGCAAGCAAAGUUACAUAAAGUCAAACUCGACCUCUUGAAGUAGAAGACCUCUAAGUUUUUGAAUGUGUUGUUCAGUAAUCCUGACGUUGGGUGUAUUAACCUGCCGGAUGUGAUGUUUACCAAAAUAUUUGCUUUAUGGUUUAUACAUACUCGCCAAUCUAAGACAAUUUCAUCAAAUUGGGGCAGCCAAUUAUGCAUUGAACAGGCCAAAGUCCUUUUAUUCCUGAUUGGGUCAAACCUUGCAAUCUUUGCAGGUUAUCUCCCAGGAUGCCCCUGUAUUGGCAUACAGGUCACGAAUCUUUAAAAAAAGGAUUGUCGAUAAAGUGGAGUCUACGUAUAUGAGCCUGUUAUUCCGAAUCCUCACUAUGAAAUUGACACAAUACCCAAGGGCAGGGCUGUAUUUACUUGUAAUAUAAUGACUAUUACACCACUUGGUGCGGCCCACUUAUUAUCCAUCACAUAAAAAGGGAACAUGUGAUGUAUUGUAUAUAAUUGUACAUAUAAUGUAAGUACGUGUAUUAUAAAAUUGGGGACUUCCUUGCUCAUUAAAUAGAAAAUCACUUUUCAAAGAAUUGUACAUUAUAUACAUGUAUAUACGUUUAUUUCGUACUCAUAAGGUACAGUAGAAGUGCAAGGGUGCGUUACAAAGAAGGGUGCAUUAUAAUUUUGAAUAUGCAAUUUGCCUCCCUAUGUAGGAAAGUCAAUUGACACAAACAUGUGUAGUUCAAACAGUACCCCAUCAAUCUCCUCCCUCAUUAAAAUAUCAAGGCCUGUAUCCCUCCCACUCAUAUAGCAUGAUAUGUUCAACAUGUACGUACAUGUAUCUGUUUGAGUUCCUUGUCAUUAUAUGAGGAAAUAAAUAUUGAGAAAUGCA